GAGACAUAUUCUAAGUGUCCUUGCGUGUGCUAUAUAUAUAUAUAUAAACCUGAAAUUAUUUAAAAAUACCAAAGGCUGACUUUCAUUUUGAAUUAAGACUAGCACUAAUCGCCCUAGGUCUGUGUUAAUACUGGAAGAUGCGCAAACAAAUUACUACGCGAAAAUGAUAAAUAUGUAAAUACUUUUCAAUAUAUGAUACAUUACUGUGCAUUUUUCGCCAACGAUGACAUUAAGUUAAUUUAAAUUAUUGUGACAAAUAUAAAUGGUAGCGUUGUGUCUGUAGUGGGCUAAUUAAUCGUCAGCGAUUUUAGUACAGAGCUAAUAAAGCCGCUUUAUAGAAAAUUAUUCCUAAUAAAAGUUUCAGAGACAGGCUAGUGUGCUCAGUGACAAUAUUUGUAUUAAAUUAGGCUGAAUCUGGAUGUGUACACAAGCGGAUUUUCUCGCCGGAUCUUAAACGUCCCAGUCUCUCUCUAGAAUAAACGUUUGGAAGCACGCUGCACCCCGUAGGCCUCCGCACGUCCUGCCCUCCCAUUGGCUGAGACGGGUUUAUUAUGCAAAUUGGCAGGGGGUCUAGUCAGGAACCCACGGACUGACGUCACAAGCAGAGUGGCAGCUGACACGGGGAGAAAGAAACAGAUUGAGAACGAGAAGAAGGAUGACAGUAUAUGAAGAUAAAUAAGGCGCAAUCAAAACAAUAGGGCAUAGUGCGGGAGGGAGUGAGACGCGGAGAGAGGGGAGCGAGAGAGAAGAGUAAAGGGACGAGUGAGAAAGGAAGAUAUAGAAGGGGGAGUGUGUGUUUGAGAUAGAGGGAGAGAGAACGGACGAGAGAGGGUGCAAGCGAGAGAGAGAGAGAGAGAGAGAGUGAGAGAGAGAGAGGGGGGAGAGAGAGAGAGAAAGCAGUCGGUCCAUUGAAGAAAGAUGGCUACAGUCACUGCGAACGGAGUGCAGCAAGAGAAUGGAUUCAGCACCACGAACAGCGCCAGCAGGAUGAACGGACUUAGCAUAGUACAGAACACCAUUCCCAUGAAAGACCAUGACGCCAUCAAGUUGUUUAUCGGGCAAAUACCGAGAAACCUGGAGGAGAAAGACCUUAAACCCCUGUUUGAGGAAUUCGGGAAGAUAUACGAACUCACCGUGCUGAAAGACAGGUUUACAGGAAUGCAUAAAGGAUGUGCCUUUCUCACGUACUGUGCCAGGGAGUCUGCAUUGAAGGCCCAGAGUGCCCUGCACGAGCAGAAGACCCUACCUGGGAUGAACCGGCCCAUCCAGGUGAAGCCAGCCGACAGCGAAGGACGAGGAGAAGACAGGAAGCUGUUCGUGGGCAUGCUGGGGAAGCAGCAGAGCGAGGACGACGUGCGGCGGCUGUUCGAGAGCUUCGGGCAGAUCGAGGAGUGCACCAUCCUCCGAGGGCCUGAUGGGGCCAGUAAGGCAGGCUGCGCCUUCGUCAAGUUCUCCAGCCAUGCCGAGGCCCAGGCUGCCAUCAACACCCUGCACGGCGGCCAGACCAUGCCGGGGGCAUCUUCCAGCCUGGUGGUGAAGUUCGCCGACACGGACAAGGAGCGCACCCUCCGGAGGAUGCACCAGAUGGCCGGGCAGCUCGGGAUCUUCAGCCCCAUGACCAUCCAGUUUGGCGCCUACGGGGCCUACACCCACGCUGUAAGUGAUAGCUGUGCAUGGCAGCAAAUGAUGCAACAGCAAGCCGCCCUCAUGGCUGCAACCCAGGGCUCCUACCUGAACCCCAUGGCAGCCAUCGCCGCAGCACAAAUGCAGCACAUGGCGGCAUUCAACGUCAACGGCCUCGUGGCGGCUCCCAUGACACCGUCCUCAGGCACCAGCACCCCCCCGGGGAUCAGUGCCGCAGCCGUGCACAGCAUCGCCGCGCCCCUCGGAGUCAACGGCUUCAGCGCCCUGCCCCCGCAGAGUAACGGGCACCCUACCUCCGAGCCCAUAUACACCAACGGGAUCCAUCCCUACCCGGCACAAAGCCCAACGGUGGCCGACCCCCUCCAGCAAGCCUACACUGGGGUACAGCACUACGCAGCAGCCUACCCAGCCGCCUAUGCGCCAAUCAGCCAAGCGUUUCCACAGCAACCAGCCAUCAUUCCCCAGCAACAAAGAGAAGGACCAGAGGGCUGCAACCUGUUUAUUUACCACCUUCCCCAGGAGUUCGGAGACGCCGAGCUCACGCAGAUGUUCCUGCCUUUCGGUAACGUCAUCUCUGCCAAAGUUUUUGUGGACCGGGCGACCAAUCAGAGCAAAUGUUUCGGCUUUGUCAGCUUUGACAACCCGUCCAGUGCCCAGGCCGCCAUCCAGGCCAUGAACGGCUUCCAGAUCGGCAUGAAGAGGCUGAAGGUGCAGCUCAAGCGGCCAAAGGACGCCAACAGACCUUACUGACCUUGCUGCCGUCCGCGCCAGGAUGAAGGACCACAAAACCUUAUUUCCACAAGUGCAGUAUAAGUGCAAAGACUUCUUGCUCUGCUACAUAUCAUGAACAAAGGUUGAUCCCUUGGUUAUUCAGGAAAGAAACAGAAGAAUCGGGCGACUGAAAAAAGGAAGCAGGUUUACUCUUUUUUUGCCUUUCCCCCCUCGUCUCCCUUCCCUGAUUUUUUUCUUUAUAAUUUUUUUUCACUGUACCUGGAGGAGGAGUUUACCAAGACCGAAUUUCUGCUGCUGAUUUUUGAGUCCGGAUGGAAGAUUGCAACACACAGAUCAUGCACGAAGCACGUCCUCUGGACACGGACGAUCACACAAGCACAGAAACACACACACGCAUACCAACACAUGCUCAAGCACACACAGAGACACAUGCACAGAGAGAGACACACACACAUGCGCGUGCGCACAUGCUUGCGCGCUUAUGCUCUCCACAGCUGGCUGGCUUUUUGGUUUUUGUGCCUACACAGGUAUCUGAGAGCCCUAACUUCUGGGCUUUCAGGGUGAGUUAUGCUCUGGACAAAAUGGACAUAGAAGAGGAGAAUCCAGGAUUAUUUACACACAUCAUUCCUUAGAAAAUAGGGACCAAAGGACUAAAUGCUUUUUAAAAGAUUAUAUAUAUAUAUGUAUGUAUGUAUGUAUAUAUAAUCUCCAAACUCUCUUACCUUGUAGCUGCAAGUAUUACAAUUUAAUAGUAGUUAGAUUAAACAAACCAUUAAAUCAGUAUCCAGUGGCUGAAAUAUGGAUAAAGGAUAAGAUUAAAGAGCUAUAAAAGUUAAGAAAAUAAGAUGUAAAAAAUAAGGGUGGAAGGAAUGAAGAUGAUUUGUUCUGGUAGCCAUUUGCUGUAACAGAUAGUCUAGCAAAGUAGUCUAGAAAAGUAGCUUUGCAAUUUUUCUGGCAUUUUAUUUUGGUUUAAGAGGAAAAAAAGAAAAAAAACUUGUUGGACUUGUGUAAAGGUGGGGACAGCAGUUUGGGCCAUCCCAGGCCUACCUGGGCCAGGAAGGACGUAGACGUUUGGCCACUGGAUACCUCGCGCAUCUCGGUGUUCAUCUCACCACAGCUAUCUGACAGCUACAAAAAGGAACUAUGAUGGGAACGGAGGAGAAGAAAAGCGGGUGGGGUACAGACACUGCGCCUUCCCACGUAGCUCAGUGUUCAAGCGACAAUCUACUGAGAAGACCAAGCGAAAAUGACACAGUGUGCUUCUGUUUUUUGUUAUUUUUUUGUACUUUGACAGGGAACGUGCUGUCAUGAAAUGUAUUUAAAACAAAAAAAGAACAGAUUUUGCAAAGGAGUUCAUGGACAAUGAAGAGAAAAAAAGUGUGAGAGUAGGAGUGACUUGAUAGCUACUGCAACUGCCAAAAGAGAGGGAAAAGAAAUAGGACCAGAACCACUCGACUGGCGUGGAGUUACGUAACAUCUAUGAGCCAGCAGAGGCCAACGGCAGACUUUUCGGGGCUUGAGAACUGGCAGAGCGUUGGGGAGCUGCACGGUUGAGGGCAAACGGAGCUCAACCUGGCAGAUCGAUCCACACCGGGGCCUUGACCUCUGACCUCUGCCACCGAGACGACACAAUGCCAGAAAGAGCGACAACACCAGACUGACAGCUUUUAGCACUAAUACCGCUUUGUCAUCGUGUACCUAUGCGGGAGCCCCAUCACGACCCCAACAACCAGCUCUCUUCACAUUUUCUAUAACAAGCCUGUGCUAAGACAUUCUGAUGCUGCAUGAUGCAGAUUUAAUUCCAGCCUCCUGUAAAUCUAGGCCAUUCCAAAGCUGAGAGGCGGGAAAAUAACUGGACUCUGCCGUCUUUGCCGGACCCUGCGCCGCAGUCUCUAGCCAGCCUAGUCGCGGUGUCACAGCAGCAACGCCGAAACAAUAUAAGAGUAUCGCUUCAAUAUAAGAAUGGUAUGCGCCGGCUCCCACCCCCCCCCCCAAGAAUGUCUCGCUUAAAAUGCUGUUAUUUAUUCAUGUAUGUGUUUGUUCAUCUUCUACUUGGGAGAGUCUUAUUUAACCCUUUUGCCGAGGUCGGACUAGAACUCAUAGGUGCCAAACCGUUUUGUUUGUGUUAUACUGGCAAGAAGGGGAGACAUCUCUCUCGAAUUGGGACACCUUCAAAAAGCACCACGU